AUGCUUCGAAGAUACCCGAUCACCUACCAUGGAAAUCAAUUUUCCCGAACAUUCUUUGUACAUUCAGCGCUUCUCAAAAGAGCUCCUUCUACUACGAAGAUCUCCAAGAUCCUUCGAGGCAACCGAAACUUGAAGGUAAGAAAGCAUGAGCUCAAGAAUUAUGACGAAGAAUCUGCGUCGCCGAAAAAGGUGGACACGAGCUACCACAGCCAGCUCCACGAGAAGGUUCUCCCAAGAGAUGUUCAGGAACCUAAGAAGAAGCAGAAUUCAAAGCUAGACGAUUGGCUUGCACGAGUGAGUCACGGCAGCAGCAGUCCGGCCAAACAGAAACUAGAGGCAGCGAUCCCACUAGAUCCACGGAAAGUUCCUCAUUUGGCCCAUGCGCUUGAAAGAGUACUUUUUUCACCGGGAGUGCAUUUCUUCAAGGACCCGAGAACACAGCACUACAAUUUCACGCCGUACUUGGAGAAUAUCGUGAAGUACGAGGAUUUCGAUUUCAACCGGAUUCUGUCGUUCGUCACGGUCUCCAAAGACCAGGCGCUAUUGGAGCAAUCGAUUAAGAGCAACAAGAAAUAUUACUCUUCUACAUCAUCCAUGACCCUGGCACUCACACAGUUUUAUUUGUUUUUGAACAAUUACGGCUCGGAAGUCGGGGCCAGAAGCACCCGGUUUGAGUUUCCCCGUUUCACCAGAACCGUGCUUGAUCUCCCGGCGUCGGUGAUUGUGCUGCCCAAGGGAGAGAACCCAGCUACCAAAGAAACCAUUUAUGCUGUUUCGUCUGACAAGUCUGCCGAUACAGAGAUUUUGCUCAGCGCCAUGGGCCACUGCCUCGAGGCUUUUUUGACCACCAGCGAGGAGGAUUUUAAGCAGUACCUUGUGGAUAGUCCUGUUUCAGAAAAGAAGAGCCAGCAGGACCAAAAUGUAUAUAAUUACCUGGCGUACGGAAAGUUCUUAAUGCGCUCGCAGCUCGAUUGCUACGACCCUCGGCUUCCGGGAAACGGAACAUUUGACCUCAAGACAAGAGCCGUGUGUGCUGUUCGCCAGGAUAGAGCCUCGGAUGCUUCCAAGAACACUUACCAGAUCUGGCGGCAGGUGGGAGAUUUUGAGUCGUUUUCAAGGGAAUACAGAGACCUAAUUAGGAGCGGCGCCCUUCUAAAGUACGGUUUCCAAGCAAGAAUUGGCCAGAUGGACGGCAUUUUUGUGGCCUACCACAACGUCAACACCUUCUUUGGGUUUCAGUACUUGCCCUUGGAGGACAUUGACCGGGUUUUUUACAACGACCUGGCAGUGAUGAGGAGCAUUGUUGAAAAAAAAGUCAAGCAGAACAAAGUGACUCUCCCUGAAGACAGGCUCCCGUCGCAGUUGGCUGAGCUCCAGUUCAAGGCUUCGCUAGACAUUUGGCUGGACUUGAUGGACAGAGUGGUGAAGGACUUGAACAAGUUGGGAUACAAGAAUAGCACCUUCAGGCUCAUCCUCAAAAGAGUCCAGCACCCGUUGUCCACGAGAAAAAAGGUUCACCGUGAAAAAGAGCUCUCCGAGCUCCGUGUGUAUGUGGUGCCAUUGACCUCGGCCCAGGAACAAGAAUUACAGAGCUUUUCAACCAACUUCAAGACAUCUUUCAGGGAGAAGAUCACAGAGGAUCAAAGAAGACGAAACCUACAAGAAUUUCAGCGCCAAUUGCACAAGCUCAACAUGUCUCUCAUCGAAAAAGCACCUCUUCUCGGCUACAGGGUCACUGCCGACCACUACUUGGGAGGCAGGCUUGUGAAGCAGCAGCACGUAUAUCCAAGUCACGAGAAAGACGAAUGGCAGGUGAAAUACCGUAUCCACGGCGCCCUCAGCAACAAGACAGGAGUCACUGAGAACGCUGUUGUUAAACAAGGGUAUGAAGAAGUGCUAAAGAAGGUUAGCAGCAUGCUUACGUCGUCCAUGCAGCCUGCAGGACGCCCGGAUAAACUGGCGCCCAACAAACCGCUGUUGAUAGACGAGCUUCGGUAUUUUACUCGGGUGGGGAAGCUUCGUCAGGAGAACUGGAAGAGCUUGAAGAAGAACGUGAUCCACCCAAAAAAAGUCGGCCGCAAAGUGCAACCUAAAUCGCCCUCGAGUGACAAGGUUGUCUCAGCGUGA